GUAAUUAAUUUGAUUAAAUUCUUUCCCUUAAAAAUAUGAUUCAAUCAAUAUAUAUGGAAUGAAAGGAAUAUUCACUUUGAUUGUUAGUAGAGUAGUAAUAGGAAAAUCAGACUUGGAGGUCCAAGGGUUUAUAUAUUUAACGUAUGAAGGAGUAGAAAGAAGAAGCAGAGCCAUGUCUCGUCUUCUCAGGCGGCUCAAGCCAUCCUUUGGAGUAAGCCACCUCACUGCUUCUUCUCGGAGCUUCUCUAAUCACAUCUUCAAAGUAACACCUUGUGGAACUACUGUGAGAGAUGGUGACGUUGGAUAUCUAGCUAUCUACAGCUAUGUUGAUAAAUUGAUCGACUGCACACAAAAGAAGGUGCCUAUGGAGUUAGCAAAGGGGAUGGGAACCACCAUAGGAGCAUCCCACGGCUGGGUAGCAACUUUGAAAAAUGGGAUCAUUCGUCUUCAAGAUGACUUCGACCCCUAUGCGUCGUAUACAGACCCAAAACGUAUUCCCUUGCCUCCUCUUGUAACUUUGCCUCAUUGCCAAACCCAAAUCGUAACCAACAUAGCAAUGUCCUCUUCCUCUCCAGAGGAUGAAGACUGCAUCGUUGCUGUCAAGUUCUUGGGACCUCAGCUAAGCUUCUGUAGGCCUGCUCAGAGAGAUUGCAAGUGGAGCAACAUCAGAAUCACAGACCCCAGCUUCUUCUCCUCCCAUGUAAUGUACUCCAAGAGAGAUGGCAUGUUCUCCAUGCCAGCUGCUGGAGGAAACUACACAGCAUCAUGUGAUCUUGGGAGACACCUGAACGAACCAAAGAUUCAGAUGCUGACGUACCCGAAACAACGCGUGUUUGAAGACCUGUAUGUAAAGAGCACGGGUACGUUUAUCGAGAAAGAGUUUCUGAGAAAGUUCGACUGGAAGCACUCGGACUGGUCAUGCAGGAUGGAGCACUACUUGGUGGAGUCGUCACACACAGGUGAGACUUUUCUGGUGAAAUGGUCUAAAGAUAUCAACCCACAAGACGGGAGGAGUGAAAUGGACCUAUUCCUUGUGUUGAGAAUAGACGAGGAAGGAAACGCUGUGUAUACUAAAGACUUUGGAGGCGAGUGCAUUUUCAUCUCUAAGGCUGAAUCUUUUUGUCUCCCGGCAUCUUGUUUACAUGACAAGAGACCAAACUGCAUCUAUCAUUUAAGCGACACGAGCUUUGGAAUAAAAUGCAUGGAUGAUGUUUGGAAAGAGAGGGGUGGAGACCUUGCUUUCCCAGGCCCUUUUUGGUUCCCACCAAAGCUAGACUCCAAAGGUAAACGUAUCCUUUCGUCUGGUAUUCAAUAUCAAGUGUAAUAAAAUUAUGCUGUUUCAUUUGAUUUCUUUUGUUUCCCUUCGUUGUUUUUUUGAAUCUGGUUGUUCUUUUUAAAUAUACCGUUCCAAAAGUAUUUAUCCUUAUCUUCCCCUUUACUGAUCGAUACUUGUCUUGAUGUCACAAAAAUUUAACGCUGGUAUGAUUAAAGAUGCCACCAAAAAAAAAAAAAGACUCGAUCCAUUCUUUUGUUUGCUUCACAAGUUUCUUAAAUUUUCAAUUAAACAAGGACAGCCUCCUCCUCCUUGUAAUGAAUUUGAAGUGUUCUUUUGGUUCACAUCAACCAUGUCCUUUAAUAACUUAAGUGUCAAAAUUUUCUUUGGCGCUGGUCUUAUUAAUGAACAUCACUCCAAACACACGUCAGUUUUGUCGCCCCUUUUUCUCUGCCUAGAGGGUAUGUAAUCUGAUCUCUCAGCAUCCCUAAAACUGUAAAACAUGUACAAGGGACAAUAGAGAUUCUAUUCCCUCACACAAGUCACAUACGUAAGUCUUUCCAGUUUUAAUUGACCUGAAAUUUUGCUAGUGUUAGCUCUGGACUCAUAUGCAAUGAGCUCAAUUAUAAAUAUUAAUUUUGCUAGUGUUAGCUCUGGACUCAUAUGCGAUAAGCUCAAUUACAAAGAUAAAUUUCGACCCGAAUCACAAAACUAUUAGUAGUAGUAGUACCUGACUGAGAAGCAUCCAAAAAACUCAUCAAGCUCAAAAAGUUUCAGUUAAUACCACGUGAGAGGCUCAAGUAACUUCUUGUGUAGUUCAAGAAACGCCAUAAAGCUUUGAUAGACAAGCGGAAGCAAGAAUGCAUGUGCCGAGUUCACCUGGUAUCAAAGACAUCAUGCAAGAAAACACGUCAGUUUUGUCACCAACAACAACAAUAAUAACGUCGCAACAACAAUAAUAACGUCGCCUGAACCUCUUUCUCUGUAUGCAUCAUCUGCGAAGAUAAUGAUAAUCACAAAGGAGGCAAUUAGAUCAUAUAAAAACAAUAACAUUUUAAUUUUUACUGAAAAAUCUAUAAUGUAACUUGGGAUCAGACUCAUAAAUCUUUCUCUGCAGAUCAGUUAUAUUUGUGUGGCUAUUAAGAACCAAACCGACCUUUUCAAGUAAAAAUACGAUAUGUUUUCAGUGUUAAAGGUAAACUGAUCCUUUCAUCAGGUAUUCAGUGUUAUAAUAAUAUGAUAUGAUAUAUUUGAUUGAUUUCUUUGUCCUUGGUUAUCCAUGCAUUUUUGGCAGGAAAAUUUGAUCUAGUGCUUUUGCCGAGAAACCUUUUUUAUGAUUUUAGUGAGAAAAUUCGAUUUUACAGUUUUGAAGAGAAACUUUGAUUUUGCGGCUUUUAUGAGAAAAUUUGAUUCUGCGAUUUUGGCGAGAAAACUUACGGUUUUGAUGCGAAAACUUAAUUUUUACGUUUUUGAUGGGAAAACUCGCUUUGUGGUUUUGGCGGAGAACGGAUUUUUUUGUUUGUGAUUUUGCGGUUAUGGCGAAAAAAAUUAAUUUUUCGGUUUUAGUGAGAAAACACAUUUUGCAAUUUUGACGGGAAAUAUGGUUUUUUGGAGGAUUUUGAAGAAAAUUUGUUUUCUAAUUUUAGCAGAAAUUUUGAUUUUGCGAUUUUAGGGAAAAUCAUGUUUAUACGGUUUCAGCGAGAAAACUCUUAUUGCGAGUUGAGUUUAUGGUUUUGGCAAGAAACCUGAUUUUAUGGUUUUGGCGAGAAAACAUUUUUUGCGAUUUUAACAAUAAAUUUCAUUUUUACAGUUUUGGAGGAAAAUUCAUUUUUGUGAUUUUGACGAGAAAGAUAUUUAAGUGUAAUUAGUUAUUUCUCUAAAAAUAUUAUACAAUUAAGGGACAAUUAAUAUACAGAUAUUUAAAUGGAAGAAAGUGGAUAUUCACUUUUAUCUUGUGUUCUUAUUAUCGUUUUUACCCAAAAAAGAAGAAGAAGCAGCCAUGUCUCAUCUUCUUAGGCGGCUCAGGCUAUCCCUCCGAAGAAACCUCACCACUUCUUCUAGGUGCUUCUCGUAUUAUUAUGUCAGGGGUGCUGAAUCAUGGGAACCAGUAUCUGGCGAAACUAUCUCGGUUCCUUAUCUUAAGGUGCCUAUGGAGUUACAGAAGGAGAUAGGAAUCAUACGAGCAUCCCAUGGCUGGGUAGCAACUUUGAAAAAUGGAGUCGUGUGUCUUCAAGAUGACCUACAUCUCCCUGAUACUGACCCAAAACGCAUUCCUCUUCCUCCUUUUGUAACUCUACCUCAUUGCCAAACCCAAAUCGUAACCAACAUAUCUAUGUCCUCUUCUUCUCCUGAUGAUGAUGAAGACUGCAUCGUGGCUGUCAAGUUCUUGGGACCUCAGCUAAGCUUGUGCAGGCCUGCUCAGAGAGAUUGCAAGUGGAGCAACAUCAGAAUCUCAGACCCCAGCUUCUUCUCCUCCCAUGUAAUGUACUCCAAGAGAGAUGGCAUGUUCUCCAUGCCCGCUUCUAGAGGCCACUACAUUGGAUCAUGGGAUCUUGGGAGACACAUGAAGGAACCAAAGAUUCAGAUGCUGCGGCUUCCCGAUGAAUUAUCCAAUUCGAGAAAUGACUGAGAAAAAGUGGCAGAGAUUAGAGUCUUGUUGUACGAAGCAACACUACUUAGUGGAGUCGUUACUGAUGAGACUUUUAUGGUGAAGUGGUACACACAAAGCCAUCCCAUUGGCAGUCUUGGUAUUUCCCGGACCCUCCUUCUUGUUCGAUCAAAAGCAUAUUUUUCUUCUUCUGUCUUGGUGAUACUAUAACACCUCAUGGUGAUUUUGUGGCUUUUUAAGAAGCUUGUGAACCAACGAAAAGAAGUACCAAGUAAGUUUUUUUCUUGUGAUUUUUUAUCUUCGUUAUAUAUUACGAACUAGAAUAUGAUGAUACAGCACCAGAGCAAGAAAUUAACAAACAACACAAUGAAACAUGAGUCAUUUUUGAAGGCUUUGUUCCGAAAGAUGGCUGCAGUACCUUACUACCUGGGAUGGAUUCAUAUUUCAUUGGCGACAAAAUAAGAGGACAUGGUUGAUGUGAACAUAAAGACCACUUCAAAUCCAUUACAAGGAGGAGAAGGUGGCAGGAGGCGGCUGUUCUUGUUGAUUAGAAAGUAAACAUAAGAAACUUGUGAACCAAAGAAAACAAAUGAUUAAGAGAGUUGUGAUUUUCAUCUUAUUAGACAUUGACAACACACAGAGAAGGAAAGCAUUUAAAUCAUACAAAACAUAUUAAUUAUUACGAACUAGAAUAUGAAGAUGCAACACCCAGAGAAAGGAAAAUAAAAUAUCCCCAAACACA